CAUUAUUUCUAUCACCAACCAACAAACAAGCAAUACAUCCAAUAACUUGAAUUUUUUCAUACACCUUCAAAAGCUUCAAGAAAUUCAAACUUUUAGACAAAAAAAAACUAGAAAUGUCUUUGGUGAGAAGUCUAUUGGGUGCAAGGAAGAUUCUUGGAGCUGCAACAAGCAAAAGAGCAACCUCGGCUGCACCAAAAGGUUUUCUUGCGGUGUAUGUAGGAGAAAGUCAGAAGAAGAGAUAUGUGGUGCCAAUCUCAUAUUUGAGCCAACCUUCGUUUCAAGCUCUUCUCAGUAAAUCGGAGGAAGAGUUUGGGUUCGAUCAUCCAAUGGGUGGCUUAACGAUCCCUUGCCCUGAAGAUACUUUCAUCACUGUGACUUCUCGGCUUCAUUGAUGAUUAUCCAUCAUUUUGUUCUUAGAAUAGAGUUAGACUUGUUCCUUGUAUAUAGAGGAGAUUAUUUUUACUCUUUCUUCCUGAAAGAGUUGUUCUAAACGUUCUGGAAGUAAAUGUCAUUAUUCUGUUACAUAAUCAUGAUUCAUGUUAUAUUUAUGAUUCAUGUUAUAUUAAUGCAUUUUGGAUCAAACAUUGAAAAAAGAAUGACAACAAGCAAAUUAGAAGGCUUUAAAUUAACAAAGAAGAGGCUGAGCAGUGCAAAGAGAUGAAAUUAAACGGAUCGCCUUACUAUUAGUCAGCUCUUUUUAUCAACCAAACAAAAUUAUUCAUUUAGGGUAUUAGCUCUCAGUUUAAGAGUUUGUUUAAUUCAUUAAGUAUCCGGUUUAAUUGUAAAGUUCAUUCUGCUAUAACGUUGUAGGACAAUAAUCAUGUAGAAACUAAUAGCGAGGCUCUUACAGCUUAUGUAUAACCCAUAAUCUUCUAGAAAAUCUUGUUAUGUUUCUUGAGAUUUCUUCUGCUUCUCUUCUUUUUAGGUUAUCUGCUGGUUUAACUAUAUAUCAGUCUUUCAACUCACGUAACAAUGUCAGACACAAAAUCAGUGAUUUGAUCAAAAUUUAUCUUCCGUACACUGUUUUUCUUUUUUUUCUACCAAAAGCUUAAAGGCCUAAAUAUUUAUUGUUCUCCUGAAAUGAUGAACUGAGAGACACUUGUAUAAAAAAAAUUACAUAAAUAUUAAUGUCAUAUUUAAUCAAAUAAAAACAUAAUUAGUACUGACAGGGGCUUGUUAUGUUCUGCUGUUGAAGAACAACAGGUCCCUACUUUUAGUUCUUAAUAAAUCCAUUUCGACCUCAGAGUUUAGAGAAUAGGCCAAAAGACCAACCACUUGAUUACUGCAGAUUCAAAGAAACAUUGAGAAAACAAGCCCUUGUGAAUUGCCGUUGGAGAUUAUCAAAGUAGACAAAUUGCAUUAAUGCAUUUCUUUCCAGAUGCGAAAGACAGAACCAUGUGAAAUUUUGGUAGCUUGUCCCACACUUCAACACCACAAGUUUCAAAGAUUUUUCAGAGAGGAUUGCAACUCAUUAUCUUCAUUGAUAGUUCUAUAUAUACACAUAACUCAUUCUUUCUAUCAUCAACCAACAACAAGCAAUCCAAUAACCUUAUAUUUUCAUACAUCUCUUCAAAAGAAUUCAAACUUUCAGCAAACCAAAAAAUUAGAAAUGGCUUUAGUGAGAAGUAUAAUGAGUGCAAAGAAGAUUCUUGGCCGCUCCGUAACAGCAGCAACCGCAACAAGCAAAAGAGCAGCCUCAGCGGCACCACCUAAAGGGUUUCUUGCUGUGUACGUAGGGGAGAGCCAGAAGAAGAGAUAUGUGGUGCCAGUCUCAUACUUGAGCCAGCCUUCGUUUCAAGCUCUCCUCAGUAAAUCAGAAGAAGAGUUUGGGUUUGAUCAUCCCAUGGGUGGCUUAACCAUCCCUUGUCCUGAAGAUACUUUUAUCAAUGUUACUUCUCGGCUUCAUUGAUGAUUGUUCACUAUUUUGUUCUUAGAACUAGAGUUAGAUUUAUUCAUUGUAUAUAGAUGAAUCUUUACUCUUUCUUCUCGAAUGAGUUUUCCGGAAAGGUUAUAAAAUGAAUUCAGUUUUCAUGCAA